GCUGCGCUGAGGCCCCGGCCGGGAGCAGCAGGCCCUGCCCGGGGGCUGUCGCUCAGCGCGGUUGCUAUGGCAGCGAGUCCGGGCCCCGCCUGCCCGGUUUCCAUGGCAGCGGCACGCCGCGGCCCGCGCAGCCUGAGGGAGCUGCCUCAGCGCGGCAGGGAGCGGGGCCGGGGAGCAUGGAGGACGAGGAGCUGGAGGAGGAAGAGGAGGAGGAGGAGGAAGAAGAAGCGGCAGAGGAGGAGGAGCAGGCGCCGGCUCCGUGUCCCCUGACGGAGGAGGUUCUGAAGGAGGGUCUCUCUCUCCUCUGUAAGACCAGCAACGGCCUGGCCCACGCCUAUGUCAAAUUUGAAGCCAAAUGCAAGGACUUGACAGACAUCAGCCUCCUCGAAAGCUUCGUUCACCUGCGGUACGUGGAUUUGUCGGAGAACAAGCUGCAGGAUUUGGCUCCCCUGAGCAGCCUAACCCACUUGCUCUGGCUGAAGGUGGAUGGAAACCUGCUGAGCAGUGCCUGCAUGCAGGAGCUGCCUUACCUCCAGGUCAUCAGCUUUGCUCGCAACCGCAUCAAGGGCAUGGAGGGCAUUACUCACCCCCGCUUAGCCAACCUCAGCAUGAAAGGUGAUAAAGACCCCUCUCCUCAUUCUUGUGCCCACAGGACACUCUCUUCAGGUGGGAUUAAUUCUCUCAUUGUUUCCUUCUUCCUCUGGCACUCAGAAAAUAAAAUCCAGACAGCCCUGGGCCUGAGUCAUGACCGGUUGUUCAGCCUACAAAUCCUAGAGUUGCGAAGAAACAAGCUGAAGAGCACAGCAGGGCUCAGUCUUCCCAAGCUCAAGGCCCUCUAUCUGGCCCAGAACACCAUUUCAAGCCUUGAAGGCCUUGAGGGGCUGGAGCAGCUGGCAACUCUGCACCUGCGUGACAACCAGCUCGAGACCCUGGAUGGAUUCUCUAGUAGUAUGAGGUGUCUGCAGUACCUCAACCUACGGAACAACAGGAUCAGUAGCUUUCAGGAGGUGGCAAAACUGCAGGUCCUGCCCAUGCUGCAGGCAGUGGUGCUGUUGGACAAUCCAUGCUCUGAGGAGACUGAUUACCGGCUGGAGGUCCUGGCCCUGCUGCCACACCUGCAGCGCCUGGACAAGGAUGUAGUUGAGCAAGAGGAGCGAGCAGAGGCAAAAGAAAUCCGUCACAGAAGGCAGGAAGAAGAAAAGGAAAUGGAGAGAUCAGAGCAGGGUGAUGCGACUGAGUGACCCUGGUUUUAACACCUGUACACAGAGCCAGUCUAGGUUUGGAGAUGCCUUCCCCCACACGUGCAGUUGUAGGUACCAGACCCACCCUCACCUCAGCUUGCCCCUGGAGAAGAAAACAGGAGAGCUGCCCACCCUGGUCCUGGAAUCUGCCCUGAAGUACUGCAGUGGGCUUUUGCAGUCACUGCAUUCAUGUGCCUUCUCCUCAGUAGGCCUGAGAGGGAAAAGGGUGAAGAUACAGGUUCUGUGGUUCAACUCACGCCUCCCAAAAAUCCUACAACAUUUUCUGAUUUGAAUAAAAAUAAUUAAUGA